UAAUGUGAUAGAAACACUCUUGAUCUUGGUGUCCAAAAGACGAAGGUUUGAGUUUCAGCUCUGUUAGUUUUACUGUGAUCUUGGCUGGGCUUCACAAUGACAGCAGUAACAGCGACCACGACAGUUCCCCUGAAGGGGAAGACAGAAGAUAAUUCUGCCUCGUAUGAGUCCACAUCAGCUCACAUUAUUGAAGAAACCGAAUAUGUGAAAAAGAUUCGAACUACUUUGGAAAAGAUCCGAAAUCAAAUAUUUAAAGAUGAAGUAAGACAUAAUAGUACAAAUCACAAACAAGAUGCAAAGCACUGUCGACACGUUCAAAAUGGCUUUGACUCUGAAAUGGAUCCCUCUUGUUGCAGUUUGGAUGUCCUCAUGGAAAGGAUAAAAGGAAAAGACCUAGAGCUCUUAGAAAUGAACAAAGAGAAUGAAGUGUUGAAAAUCAAGCUCGAAGCCUCCAGAGAAGCAGGAGCAGUGGCUCUGAGAAAUGUGGCCCAGAGAUUAUUUGAAAACUAUCAAACACAGUCUAAAGAAGUUAGCAAGAAGCAUGAGGACAGUAGACACUUACUCCAGGUUAACACACUUGAAAAAGAACAGAAAUUGAAACAACGUGUUGAAAAUCUGAAUCAAAUUGCUGAAAAGCUUGAAGAAAGACAUAAUCAAAUCACAGAACUGGAGAAUCUUGUACAGAGAAUGGAACAGGAAAAGAGGACACUGCUAGAAAAAAAACUGUCUUUGGAAAACAAGCUGCUGCAUCUCAAAUCCAACGCUACAUAUGCUAAAAGUUGCCAGGAUCUUCAAAAGGAGAUUUCCCUCCUCCAGGAGCAGAUCUCUCAUCUGCAGUUUGUGAUUCACUCCCAGCAUCAGAACCUGCGCAGUGUCAUCCAGGAGAUGGAAGGCUUAAAAAAUAAUUUAAAAGAACAAGAUAAAAGAAUUGAAGAUCUGAAAGAAAAAGUUAACAUACUUGAAGCCCAGAACAAAGAACUAAAAACCAAGGUGGCACUUUGGUCUGAAAUUCCUAGGCCGAAGGUAUCCAAGGCCGUCUCUACAAGUGAAUUGAAGACUGAAAGCAUGACCCCAUAUUUGAUGUUGGUUAGGCUACGGAAGUGA